CACACAAAUAGGUUGGAUGAAAACAGACAAGGGGAAAGAGGGGCGAGGAGGGAAAAAAGAAGAAAAAAAAAAGAGCCAACGCUGAGAAAUCCAGCCUGUCUCCGUCUGUGGCCAUUUUCUUCAAUCAUGAUAUGAUUUGUGGACUCUGAAGCCUGAGAGAGAAAACGAGGGGGGGGGAGCAGCACCGUCCCUUCCACCCCCACCUCCUGUUCGCCUGAACCAUAGGAAAAGGCUUUAGACAGCCACACACACGGACGAAAAGCAGCACACAGGGCUAGGCCACAAGUCAUUAGUUCUUGGUGGGCAAGCACUGACAAAAGGCCGGAGGAGAGAAGACCGCAUGAGUGCCUGGAGAGCGACCACAGGAACCAUGGAGGGCUGAGCACACGGACGCUCUCCUGCCUUCUUCAAUUUUUUGUGUUGUUGUUUUGUUUUGGGAAGGAAGUGGCACGCAGGAUACCGUCACAACCGAGCUCUCGUGCUCCAACAAACAGUGAAGAGCGCGAGAGAGAGAGAGAGAGAGAGAGAGAUAUCACUUCCUUGUGUUGAGGCUCUAUUCGUAUUUGUGCAUUUUGGAGGUGAGCGCAGGCGGCCCGCGUCGCCUCGUCUGCUGCCUCUGCAGCCCGGCGGUGCCUCGAAGAAAGAAGCCCCCCCCCCCCACGGCCACAUAAAAGUGAUGCUGUUGUUGUGUGGACGUCAACUUGUUUUGGCAUGAUGCGGGAUGUCUUCAUUGUGGGUCACAAUGCUACAGCCGCUGAGAGCAUUACAGCCGAAUAGGAGAGCUGUGUCUGCACUCUCAGUCUCGCUGGAUGGAAGGAAGGUCUAGAGCUAGAAAAGGAUUUAUUUUCCAGUGAGAUACAGCACAUUAACACCGAGGUAAGCUCGACGUCAUUUCUAGAAGCAUUUAGAGGUAUGUCUUUCGGUAGACAGCUGCCUUAUGAGGGAUAACUAGUAUCGAGCAAAGACAAAUUAAGCGUGAGGGGUGCUUUAAGAGGGGUGGUCACAGCCUCUCCAGGCAUGUGCUAAGGCUAGCUACACCGAGGUCCUUUUUCAGCCAUUACUAUUGCUACAGAGACAGAGCUGGGGGAGUAGAGCUGUGUGCUAGCUAGCGGUUGUUGGUCACCUCAUGUCAUUUGCCUGCUAAUCUUUUCUGCCAUUGCUCUCUUUUAGGAGUGCUAAUGUGCACUGUAUGUUUGACUCAUUGACUCCCUUUUAUCCAUCUCAGGAAUCGGUCCAAAUAAUAAAAGGACUAAAAACCCAACACAAAACACACGGGGACUACAAGUUGGAGGAGAAGAGAAGAAAGUGGGUGGGAUGGGGGGAAUUGAAAUCCACAGGCACGCAAAACUAAAAGUUGCCACUUAGACUGUUUCCAGGUCAUAGUGGAGUGGGAGGAGAGUUUUCUGCCAAACACCCUCCUCCUCGACGCUUUAGCCUAUUUUCUUUCUCCAUGACAUCUGCUUGUUUAGCCUGAGGACUUUUGAUUUGCUCAGUUGUGUUAUUAUAUGCUCUAAAAAAAAAUCCAAGGGUCCUAUUUGACACACGAGAGCACAGGCAAGCGGAAACUACUAAUUCUCUCCAGGCGAGGGAGAGACACUCUGUGGGCUUUUUAUUUUUUAUUUACGUUACCUUGACAGCAGCCAGACAUCUCGGCUGCCUGUCCCGUUUUCUUCUGCCGUGGUUCGGUAACCAAGCGAUGGCCAUGGUGAGUGGGGGCUGGGGAGAUCCCAAUGGGGGCACCAACGGCCUGGGGGACAAGAGCUACCUGAGGGGGGAGGAGGAAGACGGCUCUCCCCAGGGGGGAGGCAGCGACAUGGAGGCCGGAGACGAUGACAAGUCGUGCGUGGUGGACUGCGUGGUGUGCGGGGACAAAUCCAGCGGGAAACAUUACGGCGUGUUCACGUGCGAGGGCUGCAAGAGCUUCUUCAAGAGGAGCGUCAGACGCAACCUCAGCUACACUUGCAGGUCAAACAGAGAGUGCCAGAUUGACCAGCACCACAGGAACCAGUGCCAGUACUGUCGACUGAAGAAGUGUUUCCGUGUUGGCAUGCGCAAAGAAGCAGUUCAACGCGGUCGUAUCCCCCCUCAGCCGAGCCUCAGCCCCUCCAUAACGCCCAUAGGUGGCGCGAGCGGCCUCGGAGGCGGCGACUUCUAUAACAACAACAACAACGGGGGAAGCGGCGGAGGUCAGCCGGUGUCCGAGCUGAUUUCCCAGCUGCUGCGAGCCGAACCGUACCCCAGCAGUCGGUUUGGACACCAGUACAACCAACAGGCGGGUCCCGAUAACGCCAUGGGGAUCGAUAACAUCUGUGAACUGGCUGCCAGGCUACUCUUCAGCACCGUGGAGUGGGCCAGAAGCAUCCCCUAUUUCCCUGAGCUGCCUGUGUCAGACCAGGUGGCCCUGCUGAGGUUGAGCUGGAGCGAGUUGUUCAUCCUCAAUGCGGCGCAGUCGGCCCUGCCGCUCCACAUGGCUCCACUGUUGGCCGCGGCCGGCUUCCACUCCUCGCCCAUGUCUGCGGAGCGCGUGGUGUCCUUCAUGGACCAGGUGAGGGUGUUUCAGGACCAGGUGGACAAGCUGACCCGGCUGCAGGUGGACUCGGCUGAGUACAGCUGUCUCAAGGCCAUCGCGCUGUUCUCACCAGAUGCCUGUGGUCUAACAGACCCAGUCCACGUGGAGUCUCUGCAGGAGAAGGCUCAGGUGGCUCUGACAGAGUACGAGAGGAUGCAGUACCCGAGUCAGCCUCAACGCUUCGGGCGCCUGCUCCUGCGCCUCCCCGCCCUGCGCGCCGUUCCCGCCAGCCUCAUCUCGCAGCUCUUUUUCAUGCGCCUGGUAGGAAAGACACCCAUCGAGACGCUGAUCCGUGACAUGCAGCUCUCCGGAAGCUCCAUCAGCUGGCCGUAUGUCCCGGGACAGUAGCCCCUUUAGGGACGAGGUCUCCGUCUGGGAUUUGUGACGACAAGGACCCACAGGAAACCUCCUGACUCAUCACUAUCCAUCUGUGUGGUUGUCAAACUGCAGUGCCAGCUGGCCGUCAUAUGUACUGUACUGUAAGCGCUCUAUUUCCCCUCAUGAAACGAGCUCUCUGUCCUCACACGGGCCUCCAGUGGAGAGACGAGCCAGCUCCGGGCUGGAUCUGUCUUGUUGCCAACCCAGUCGUUCUGGUGCCAGGUCUCAGGCCACUGACCAGCUUUUCGUGCUGGGCUCCAAUAUGGCCACCACAGCCAGUCAUGUCACCACCCACAUGCCAUAGUGACUUAAGACGCUGCAGUUUCAUGUAGAGGGCAGCAGCACCCUGCUACAAAUGCAUCCCGAGGACAAAACUGUCCCACGGCUGAAAGUCGGCAGAACAAUUUUCCCCCACACUGGGCUCAUUUUCCAUGGCUCACCAUUUGUGAUACAGUGACCUUUUUAUCCACACCAAUUAACUGAUAACAGUACAAUAUGGGAUCAUGAUGUGAAAGGACCGAAUGGAACAGCGGUGAACUCAGUGUAAGAGAAACUAAAGGCUUCCUUCGUUGUGAGAAACUUUUGAAUUCACCGCUCUCUCAGCUCGAUGCGGAGGAGGAAGCCAAUGAGCUGAUCAAAUGGAACAGAGAGAAAACAAAACCAAUGGGAAAAUCACCAAAGGCUAACCGAUCAUCCUCAGAGAUGGUUUCUAAGUACAAUAAAUAGCACCCAAAGCAGAGACCAAGAGAUGAACGGACUCUUGGGACUGCCUGACUAUCAAGUGAACAAUGCAUUUACAUUUAUUCACUACACUGUUGCUGUAGUUGAAGAUUUUUCACAGAAAGAAAAAAAUUAAAAAGCCACAGUUACAUGAGAGUGGACUAAUACCUCGCGAGACAUCAGAAUGCUGCAGUCUGAUAUUUCCAAAACGCAAACCUCUGUAAAUGUUGUUCACCAGAAACCGCCUUCUUUUUGACAACUGCCUUGUUAUUCAUUAUACAUUAUGGACACAUAUGAAAUAUGAAAUGGGCAUCGCAAACUUUCGUCUUGUAUCUUUUUAAAAAGGAUCCCCCAAGUGAUUUUCACUUGUUUCGGAUAUGAGUUUUGACUGACUGAAUAAGGUGAAUUCAGCUAACCUUUUUUUGGGUCGAGCUUUUUAUUAUUAUUAUUAUUAAGAAAUGGGAGGCUGACAUUAACUCGGGUUCUCGUAAAAGAAACCAAUCCAGAUUCAAGAAUUAGUUAUUGUUGGUGAGAGUUGAUAACCAACACUACUAAUUGAAUACCGGUUUACGUCGAUCAAUGCUGUUUCUGGGGUUAAUGAUCCCUUCAAAAACUACGUAUUGAAAUGUAUAUAUUGAGGCCAACUUUGUCUUUUUGCAUGUUCACACGUUGUUUUGGAUCUCUAAGUGGAGAAUGUUUAAUUAUUUUACGUUAUGUAAUUCAAGGUUCAUUUAAACAUUAAAGUAUUGCUUUCACUGUUAGCUCCUAGAUGUUUUUUUUCUAUAUGUAUUUACAUGAAAAUACCUCUUGUCAUCUGUUUAGAUGUCAAAACAGAAGCUUAUCUUCAUGCCAUUACAGCUGAUCGGACACAGAGAUGCUCUGAGUCGGUCUCUACUGUUGUGAAUGAUGUGAGACGAGACUGUAAAGGAUGGAAAUCUGGUGGGGGAAGAAAAACUGCACUUGGAGGAUAUUCAAUGCCAAAACAUCUCGCUAUCUGUAACAAGUUAAAAGAAUACGGGCCCCGAUUCGCUGGUCCACCGGGAUUUACCUCACACUGGGAUUUCAAAAGGGCGAGUUUAAAAUCGGAAACAAAAGAACAAGGUCAACCCUAAUGCUGAAAUCAGUUUUUAGACACAAAGUAGAAGGAUGUAACUGCUUCUUGAUCUACCGCAGGGCCUUUUUGGAAGUUGUUUGGAUAUUCUUCUUUUAGGCAACAGCUCACACGACCACAUUAUCAAAAAAAAAAACAUAAAUAUGAUAUUAAUGUUUUCUUAUCUUUGUGUUACUGAGUUCUUAGGUUUUUUUAAAUGUCACGUGUACGGCAACAUUAUUAAAAGAAUCAAAAGUUGACAAUAUGUCUUUUAUGUUUUGUGUUUUUUCAAUCUACUUGAAAAAGUGUUGUGAUUACAUCUGUUUGAAGAAUGCCAAAUAAACACUGCAACAUGUA